AUGGCGAACACAAAGACACCAGCUGAACAUGCUCAACUUGAUAUUCGACAAAAAGCACUUAAACUUACUGCAAAUAGUAUGUAUGGCUGCUUGGGGUUUACAAAUUCGAGAUUUUAUGCAAAACCAUUGGCAGUUUUAAUCACUUCAAAGGGAAGAGAAAUCUUACAGGAUACUGUUGAUUUAGCAGAAAAAGAAUCAAUGGAGGUUAUUUAUGGUGACACGGAUUCAAUCAUGAUCAACACCAACACAUCAGAAAUGCAAAAGGCAUUAGAAGUUGGAAAAUUUUUGAAAGAAAAAGUUAAUAAACGAUACAAAUUGCUUGAGAUAGAUAUUGAUGGAUUUUUUGAAAGGCUUUUAUUAUUAAAGAAAAAGAAAUAUGCAGCUGUUGUUGUAGAAAAGAAAAAUGGAACACUUGUUCGUCAUAAUGAGUUUAAAGGACUUGAUUUGGUGAGAAGGGAUUGGUGUGAAUUAGUUCAUGAUGCAUCAAAGUUAGUAUAA